AUACAAAUGACGUCAUCUCUGUGAGACUUGUUUACAUCCAUCAUGGCGGCGGUGGAUUUCAGAGACAACCUUCUUGGGAUCUCCUGGGUGGACAGCGGCUGGGUUCCAAUUCUUAACCCUGGAAAUGUACUGGACUACUUCUCCGAGAGAAGUAACCCCUUCUACGACCGGACCUGUAAUAAUGAGGUAGUGAAGAUGCAGCGGCUCACUCUGGAACAUCUCAAUCAGAUGGUGGGAGUGGAGUACAUUCUUCUUCAUGCUCAGGAGCCAAUUCUCUAUAUCAUCCGGAAACAACAGAGGCAGUCACCAACACAAGAGAUUCCCUUGGCUGACUACUACAUCAUAGCAGGAGUUGUGUAUCAGGCCCCUGACCUGGGAACAGUUAUCAGCUCCAGAGCGCUCUCUGCUGUCCACGGAAUCCAGUCUGCUUUCGACGAGGCCGUGUCGUACUGCCGCUAUCACCCAUCCAAAGGGUACUGGUGGCACUUCAAGGACCAGGAGGAGAGAGAAAAAAACAAACCCAAGUCCAAGAAGAAGGAAGAAGCGAGUUCUCUGUUCCAGAGGCAUCGAGUCGACACGCUGCUUCUGGACCUCCGGUCAAAGUUUCCACCAACAUUCUACCAGCCUAAACCCGGCGAGAAGCCGAUUCCAGUUGAGGUGAAGAAGGAGCCUGAACCCCCCACAGAGGCUGUUAAACAGGAGGAAAGGGAACCGGCCACAAAGUCCUCGGCCCCAGCGCCGCCCAGCAAACCGCCGCCAGAGAAGAGAGCAAGGCUCCAGUGAGAAGUGUUCGUCUCACACGCUGAACACGCAGCACAGACACGUACAGACGUCCGUCAGCACCAACACAAGGAACAGCGUGGGAGUCUUUUGUUCCCUCUACACAUUUGCAAGAUGUUCUGCUCAGCCGAUCCGUUUACAGGAGGUUAAGAUGAACUGGAAGAACAAGUCGCUCCUCUCGCUGUAACCUGAGGCGUGUGCACGUGAUGAGUUUGACAUCGUGGACGUUUCAUGCAGCGGUAUUUGUCAGCAGACAUUUAUCAGUUUUCACUAAGGAGGAGGUUUUUUUGCUGAUGUCAGCGUCGGUUUACAGCUGACGUCAGCGUCAUAUUUGUGUUGUGACUUCAGAGGACAGUUUGAUUCCUUGUCUGCGUUACAGGCUGAUGUGUCAUCAUGCAGCAUCUCAUCUGACUCUUUGAUUACACACAUUCAUCUGUUUUUUGUAUUUCUGUAUUAAAAUGUAUCCCCUGCUGUAU